AUGUUGUCAAGAACAUGCUUUAAGGCAAACCUCGUCAUUCUAGGUCUGAUUACCAUCGCCAUAGCCGACGCCGACAAACCGUGCACAAUUCAUGAUGACGGGAAAUUCUAUGACUUGAAUACUUUAAAGGCGAGCAAAGAUUAUGAGGUCAAGUGGCCGGGGGGAAGAACAUUUGCGAUAAAUGUCUGCCAGGCUGUAAAGACAGAAACAUUUGGUUUGAAGGAUGAGAUAGCUCAAGCGGACGUCGCUGCUUUCAUACGGAGAGGCCAUGGCGACUUUGCUCUCGGAAAGGUUAACACCACACUCAGUGUAUUCGACUCCAAACCCCGCAUCACUAUCUCAGAAGGCUCGCAUUGCACAACGAAAGACGAAAAACCUACGGACGUUCGGGCCUCAGCAGUCAUUGACUUCAUAUGCGACUUGUCCGUCUUUGGUUCAGGGGAACCCCUCCUCGUAGCGCAGCUGCCUCCUGGUAAUGAUGACAUCGGUUGCGGGUACAUGAUUGAAUGGAGAACCCAUUUAGCUUGCCCAACCAGCGAAAGCAGUGGGUUCUGGGGUUUCAUCGCAAUCACAGCAGUCAUUUUCCUCGUCCUCCUUAUGACGUAUACCGUCCUGGGCACCCUUUACAAUCGCUACGUCCUCCAGCUCCGCGGCUUCGAUCAAAUACCACAAUUUUCUGUGGAGAGCAUGAAGUACCACGGGAGCGAAGCAUGGAUCUGGAUCAGCGACAUCAUCGCUGAUCUAGACAUCGGUGGUGGAGGACACAAUCGUCCUGGCCCCAACUCUGCUUCUUCAUCAUCGGGGCUCCCAUUCUCGGCAAACAGCGUUAUAACGCCAAACCCCGUUAGCCAUCACGCACAAGCACAAGUGACAAACAUCGACCCAGAGGAUGUUAUUGGACCUGCUCCCAUAGGACGUGGGCUGGGAGGUGCAGCAGGCGCAGGUGGUUUCAUCCGACCUCAAUUGCAGACGCGCGGCAGCAGCUUCUCACGAAAACCAGAAACCAACCCUGUAUCACACCAAACACAGGUGAACGCCGCUAUUGCAGCCCAGUCACUGUCGUAUACAGCAUCCAAGUCGCCUCCACCUAAAUCACCUCCACCUCCAAGACAACAACAACCUCUCCCAUCAUCUGCAUCAUCGUCCUCAACGACACCGAGAGCUGCUGUGAGGCCAGGGCCGACGACGGGGGAGGAGCGUCAGUUCAUGCUUGGGGAUGACCAAGAGGGCGACGAGGCUGAUGUUGGGCAGGAAAUGGACUUUGUCAAGCCUGUACCGUCGGAAGAUGACACUGCCGCCGGCAGCCCCAGUGCUUCGAACUCGAGCAUGGCGGUGCUGCGUGGCAGAGAUCUGGGAGGCGGUGAAAUGACAAGGCUGUAG